AUGACUUCAACUGCCGAUCGAGCCGCCGCCACAGCACUCAAGGUCAAAGGCAACAAGGCCUUUUCCGAACAUGACUGGCCAACUGCUAUUGACUACUAUACCAAGGCAAUAGAAAAGCACGACUCUGAUCCCUCAUUCUAUUGCAAUCGAGCUCAGGCAAACAUCAAGCUCGAGGCAUACGGCUAUGCCAUUGCUGAUGCCACCAAGGCUCUUGAACUCGACAAAAAUUACAUCAAGGCGUAUUGGAGACGAGCGAUUGCCAACACUGCCAUACUGAAUUCUCAAGAUGCUCUCCGAGACUUCAAGACCGUCGUCAGAAAAGAACCCAACAACAAGGAAGCGAGAUUAAAACUUGCGGAAUGUGAAAAGCUGGUCAAGAAAAUACAAUUUUUAAAGGCGAUCGAAGUAAAAGAUCCUCCGUCGGCGUUUGAAGGACUCGACUUGGACUCAAUAGAGGUCGACCAAACAUAUGAUGGCGUUCGACUGCAAGACGAGAUGACGCAAGAAUUCAUUGAUGACAUGACUGAGCGCUUCAAAAAUGGCAAGAAGAUCCACAAGAAAUACGUAUUCCAGAUCAUCAAGGCGGUUCGAGAUAUUGUGUACGACGAGCCAACACUGGUGGAGAUGGAAGUGGCCCCAGACACGAAACUGACAGUUUGCGGAGAUACACACGGACAAUUUUUCGAUUUGUUGGAGAUCUUCCGGCUGAAUGGCUAUCCUGCGGACAAACAUGCAUACUUAUUUAAUGGCGAUUUCGUGGAUCGUGGAUCGUGGUCAACAGAAAUUGCACUGCUACUGUAUGCGUACAAAUGGUUACGACCUAAGUCCUUCUUCCUGAAUCGAGGCAACCAUGAAACCGACGACAUGAAUCGGGUCUAUGGGUUCGAAGGUGAAUGCAAGGCCAAAUACAACGAGAAGACAUUCAAGCUGUUCUCCGAGUCAUUCUCAGCCCUUCCUUUGGCAACAUUAAUCAGCAAGAAAUACCUCACGUUACAUGGUGGUUUGUUUUCCGACGACACAAUCUCACUGGAUGAUAUCCGGAAACUGGACAGACAUGUUCAACGGCAACCUGGACAGCAAGGUUUGAUGAUGGAAAUGCUGUGGACCGAUCCUCAACCUCAGAACGGACGAGGACCCAGCAAGAGAGGUGUUGGAUUACAGUUUGGUCCAGACGUGACGAAGAAAUUCUGCGAAAACAAUGGACUGGAGGCUGUGAUUCGAAGUCACGAGGUGAGAAUGGAUGGGUACGAAGUUGAGCACGAUGGGAAAUGCAUCACCGUUUUCUCUGCACCGAAAUACUGCGAUACGACGGAGAACAAAGGUGCUUACAUCAAUAUCGGACCCGAAUUGAAGCUCGAAUACCACCAAUUCGAGGCAGUACCGCAUCCGGAUAUCAAGCCUAUGGCAUAUGCGCAAAACUCAUUGAUGGCGAUGAUAAUCCUUGAAUCCUCUGCGAAAGAUCCGUCGCGGCUCAAGGACACCGGUCAGACUCCUUAUCCAGCCCGAAACGGGGAGUUGGCGUGUUUAGUACAACGCUAG